AUAGACAAUGUUGAGAGUCAGCAAACAAUACCGGCGUCAGUGGUCUGUUACUACAGCGCGUGGGCUUAUAAUAGACCCAAACCCAUGAACUACGAUAUUGAAGACAUUAACGGCGAUCUCUGCACUCAUAUCAUCUACUCGUUUGUCGGUUUGGAUAACAAGACAUACGAUUUGCGACAAUUGGACCCGAAGUACGCCAUCGACCAGAAGGGCUACGAAAGGUUUGUGGGUUUACGCAAGAAGUAUCCGCACCUCAAGCUGUCGGUGGCGAUCGGGGGUUGGGAUGAGGGCGGCAAACAGUACUCGGAAAUGGUGGCCAAUAAGGAUAAAAGGACCACGUUUAUCAAGGACGUGGUCGAUUUGCUAAACAAGUACGGUUUCGACGGGUUUGAUCUGGACUGGGAGUACCCUGGUGCGUCGGACAGACAGGGCGCUUACGCCGAUAAAGCCAACUAUUUGCUGCUCGUACAGGAAAUGCGGGCCGCGUUUGACAAACAGUCCCGCAAACUAUUGCUAACGGCAGCGGUUCCGGUGCCUAAGUUCCGGCUACAGGACGGCUACGAAGUGAAACAAUUGGGCGAACUGUUGGAUCAAAUCCAUUUGAUGACAUACGACUUGCGGGGCGUGUGGGCCGGCUUUGCCGACGUUCACUCACCUCUAUAUAGACGCCCCGGUAUUGAUGAAUACGCCUACGAAAUGCUCAAUAUUAAUGACGGCACAAACCUGUGGCACACUAUGGGAGCGCCCAAACACAAGCUUAUAGUUGGGAUACCUCUUUACGGCCGUUCGUAUACUUUAGGCGACAAAACACAACACGGAUUGAAAGCGCCGAUCAACCGCUGGAAUCCGCCCAACUAUGGCGGCGGAAAUCCCGGCAAAUACACCAACGCUUCGGGAAUGUUGGCCUACUAUGAGAUAUGCGGUCUAAAGGACUGGACCCAUGAGACCGAUAAUGUGGGCAAAUGUCCCUUCGCUUACUCCGGAGACCAAUGGGUGGGUUAUGAGGACGAGAAGAGUGUGGGCGAGAAAAUGGAUUGGGUUGUGCAACAGGGCUAUGGAGGCGUUGCGNGGGUUGUGCAACAGGGCUAUGGAGGCGGUAUGGUUUGGGCCAUGGAUUUGGAUGAUUUCACCGGCAGUUGCGGUCCGAAGAAUCCGUUGUUGACUGUCAUGAAGAAUAAGCUAAAAGACUAUAAAGUAAUCGUCGAUCCAAGCGGUGCGACCACUGAGUCUGGCCCUCACACGCCUCGACCGGUGGUGACCACAUCAGGUCCGGUCGGUACGACUGAAUCGGGCGGAACGGCGGGAACUGUGGCCACACUAUCGCCGCUCACUCCCGACGAACAGUGUGCUAAAGGAUCGGUAAAGUUUGUGCCGAACGCCAACUGCCAUAAAUAUUACUGGUGUGUUAUGAGAAAGGCUGAGCUGAAGACAUGCGAUACGGGAACCAUUUGGGAUAUGGAUCUGAGUGAAUGCGUUUGGCCCGACGGCAAACCCAGACCCUAUUGUCAUAUGAUUUAG